CACGUACACCUAUAUUAUUCCAGGCGUCUCCGAACUGGUUAUCGCCUCCUCUAAAACCUUUGAAGAAUAACCAACUCCCAAAGGUAUACCAUUUCCAACGAACCUUUGUCUCCCCCGUAUUCCCUCUUCCUCUCUUCCUCUACCUGCAUCGAUUGUCUUUCCCCUCUCUGCGGCUUAUCAAAUGUAGAAAAGUAUUGUUCUUUGUAGUUUGUUUGCUCUCUUUUGUUUUCCUUCUUGCCCGGGGUUUCGAUACAAAAGAUACCUGAUACCUUAACCAUGUCUGUUGAAGAGAGCAGAGGAGAAACAGAGGAAAACCCAGAAAUAGAAACACUAGAACCACAUGUGAGUAUCAAGGAGCUGGAAAUUUCCGGCAACGACGAUGAAGACGACGAGGAGUCCCCAAGAGGUGUGCUGGAAAUCCCAGUUGUGGGUCCUGCGGACUCGGAAAACACAGGGAGCAGCAGUAGCUUCAGCUCGUGCAUCUCUCCCACGCAGAAACCCGCGGCGCCGCCUCAGCUCCGAGAGAGCCGCGGUGGGUCGCAGUGGAAGUUUUUUUUCGAGGCCUUGAAGAGGAAAUCUCUGAGGCGGUUUUCUACCAUUUCGUUGCUGCCUACGAGCCACGAUGCUUCGAGGAAGAAUCUCAGCCGGAAGUUAGCUCGGAUUCGGAGCGCCGAGGAUCGGAUUGACUACGAUGGGACGCACAGAACAAAGCCGUCUUGGAGGAGCUUUGAUUAUGCCGAGCUUGCCGCCGCUACUGAUAAUUUCAGUUCCGAGAACUUGAUUGGGAAAGGCGGGCAUGCUGAGGUGUACAAAGGAUGCUUAUCUGAUGGUCAAGUUGUAGCAGUUAAAAGGCUGACAAAGAAAAAGAAGGAAGAUGAGGAUAGGAUUUGUGAUUUCUUGUCAGAGGUUGGGAUUAUUGCACAUAUAAACCAUCCCAAUGCUGCCCGAUUGCUUGGUUUUGGAACAGAUGGUGGACUGCACCUUGUCCUUCAAUUCUCUCCGCAUGGCAGCCUUGCAUCUGUGUUAUUUGGUUCAUCUGAGUGUCUGGAGUGGAAGAUAAGGUUUAAGGUGGCUAUAGGGGUAGCCAAAGGAUUGGAUUAUCUCCAUCAUAACUGCCACAGGCGCAUUAUCCACAGAGACAUCAAAGCCUCUAAUGUAUUACUCACUCAAGAUUACGAUGCUCAGAUUUCUGAUUUUGGACUUGCAAAGUGGCUGCCAGAAAAAUGGGCUCACCAUGUUGUUUUCCCUAUUGAGGGCACAUUCGGGUAUUUGGCUCCAGAGUAUUUUAUGCAUGGUGUUGUUGAUGAGAAAACUGAUGUAUUUGCAUUUGGGGUUCUGUUACUGGAGCUCAUUACCGGUCGGCGUGCUGUUGAUUCAUGUCGACAAAGCCUUGUCAUCUGGGCAAAGCCGCUGCUGGACACAAAUAAUGUCAAGGAAUUAUCAGAUCCUCAAUUAGGAGAUGCUUAUGAUCCUAAUGAGAUGAAACGCGCCAUGUACACUGCUUCAGUGUGCAUCCACCACUUACCCUCGAUGCGUCCACAGAUGAAUCGAGUUGUGCAGCUACUGAAGGCCAAGGAUGGAGCUCUUGAACCAAGACCAAUUUCUGUAGCUGCAAAAUCACCCCUUUUUAAUGGUUGUGACCUGGAAGGUUAUACUUCCACCAAUUAUCUCAACGACCUCAAUCGUCACAGGCAACUAGUGAUGGAGUAAUUCCUCAACUUCUGUUCUGCAGCGUUCCUUAUUGUUACUUGUCCCUGUCAAAGUUAAAAAGAAAAUGAUAAGGCCCUGCAAAUUUUUAAGUUGAGAUCGGACCAUUUGGUGGUCUCACUUGGUAGUUAUUUCUCCAAGUCUCUCAGCAUCAUAGCUUUGUUGUAAAGAGAAUCAGAAUAUAUUCAAUUUCCAGAAUCAUAGGAAAAUACUCGCCAAAAAGAAAGCGAAAAAAAUUUGUGUACAUGCCAUUGUGUUUGUUCUGCAUUUUGCAAAUUGAAAAUCCCAUAUAUUUAAGUUUCAAA